AUGCAAAUGGAGUGGUUUCAAGUGUUGGGAUUUCUUGGAUUAUUUGUCGUUUUCAAUGGAGCCCAGAGCACACCAAGGCCCAGCAUGGCCCCCGGCCCUUCAUACCUGAUCUCUGUUCCGAGGGUGCUACGGCCUGGUGUCCCCAUCACACUAUCAGUCACUAUCCUCACCAAGGCGGUGGAAGUCCAAGUCGUUACUGAGAUUGUUAAUGGUAAUAGCACUGUUGUCACAGAAACAACCAUAAUUCAAGGAGGUUCUACUGAGGUGCUGGUUCUUUCACCGAUCCCUGACAGUGAACUGAGCUAUUGGCACCCCUACACGCUGGUGGUCAAGGGCUAUGUCGGGAUGGGCAAUAUGGUGUUCACCAACUCUACGGUCCUGCGUUUUAACCCCAAACGCUCAUCCACGUUUAUUCAGACAGACAAGGCCAACUACAGGCCUGGGCAGGUUGUGAAGAUCCGGGCAGUGUCCAUUUACCCAGACGGCAAGCCAUAUAAGGGCAAGAUAGACAUUAUCAUUAAGGAUCCUAAGGCAAACAUGAUCCGGCAGUGGUUGUCAUUGGACUGUGUUCUGGGUGUUCUGUCCCAAGAGUUUCAGCUGUCUAAGAAUCCAUCCCUUGGCAAGUGGACCAUUGUGACUUCUGUCAAUGAAGUUGUGAGUGAAAAACAAUUCAACGUGGAACAUUAUGUGCUGCCCAGAUUUGAGGUGUGGAUAGAGGCUCCCAGUGUCCUUCAUCAUGAUGAUACUCUCUGGGGCAUGGUCACUGCUAAAUACAUGUAUGGGAAGCCUGUGCGAGGUCACAUGAACAUAACCUACUUGCAUCGUUUUCAUGGCAUCGGUAUGAGUUCUGAUGUUCAUAAAGAGAUUCACGGCUCGAAGGAGUUCUCUUUUGAUGUGCCUGACUACCAGGCCAUGUAUAAACGAUCUGCAGACAACAUGUAUGAGGAUUAUGAGAACGAUGAGUUUCUUACCAUCAUAGUUUAUGUCACAGAGUCCCUGACAGGACUGACCUAUCACAGCACUAUGGAGGUGGGUGUGGUUAAAUGUAGAUAUAACCUUGCCUUCCGUGGAUACCCCAGCUAUAUAAAGCCCUCUUUGAACUUCACCGCUGAGCUGAAAAUAUCCACGUACAACAAGCGGCCCCUGACCCGAGAAGACCAGGGGAAGACUGUUACAAUCUCUGUAACACAGCAAAGGCACAGUCCAUGGAGCUGGAAGCUGGACGACUUGGGGUUAAUGCCUCGUGUGUUGCUAAACUCUACUGGUCCUGGCCUCCCUCCAAUGCCAGAUGAGAUACCAGUCCAGACAAUGGUUUUACCUGUGCCUGCAGACGGGGUCAUCCCCAUUCACAUACAGCUCUCAGAUAAGGCGGCAACACUCACUGUAGAUGCUUCAUUCAAGGACGGCUAUAAGAUGCUACAGGUCUAUAGCAGCUACAAGUCCCCCAGUAAAUCGUACCUGCAGAUCCAGAAGUCCCGUUCAACUCCACAGGUUGAUGUCCCGCUCCAGUUGACACUUCAGAGCAAUUUCCCAUUGAAAGAGUUUCACUACCUGGUGAUGUCCAGGGGACGGGUGCUGUCUUCUGGAAGAGGCAGCUCUUCUUCCCUCACCCUGACCCCACAGGAGUCCUGGGCUCCCUUGGCCUGCAUUGUCGUAUACUGUGUACAUUCCGAUGGAGAGAUCUUCAACGAUGCACUGCAUGUUCCCAUCGCCCAAGAUCUAAAAAACAAGGUGUCUCUGAGCUGGAGUGAGGACAGGGCCAGGCCUGCUGAUGAGGUGUCUCUCAAGGUGUCUGUUGCUGAGCCCGGUUCACUGGUGGGGAUUCUGGUGGUGGAUCAGGCAACGCGCUGGCCGCACUCACACAAUGACAUCACCAAGGACAUGGUGCUGGAGGAGAUGGCAAAAUACGACAGAAAGACGACAGGCGACAUGAGAAUGGGAGAUCCCUACUCCAUCUUUACGACAUCUGGCAUCAUGGUUUUGACAGAUGCCAAGUUGGAGAAGAUGGGGGAGCAAUUGAGACCUCAAUUUCCAGGGGAGGGAAUCCAACUGCCUGGAGAUGAGGGGGAUGAUAUGGAACAGGAGGAGCAGGAGCCUCGGGAACGCAGGGACUUCCCUGAGACCUGGCUGUGGCUGGACACCAACACAGGGGAUUCUACCACAGCUGAGUUCCCUCUGACUUUACCGGACAGCAUUACUACCUGGGUAGCCACUGCCUUUGUCAUGUCUGCUGAUCUGGGCCUAGGCAUCAUUGAGACCCCUGCAAAGCUCACAGUGUUCCAGGACUUCUUUCUAUCCUUGAAUUUACCUGCUUUCAUCAUCCGAGGAGAGCUGCUGGUCGUGGAGGUCACUCUCUUCAAUUACCUCGAACAGGAUCUCGAGGUGAUGGUGAUUGUUUCCCAGAGUGACUCGUUUGAGUUUGUCUUCCCGGACAAUGAGGAGCUCUCUAUGGCCAGUACACGUACUGUGUCUGUGGGGAGUCAGAACGGAACCUCUGUCCUAUUUCCCAUCAAGCUACUGGUCCUGGGGGAGAUCCCAAUCUCGGUCGAAGCCAAAUCGUCUGUGGCCUCUGACGCCGUCCGCCGGAUGGUUCUGGUCAAGCCUGAAGGACUUGAGCAGUCUUUUUCGAAGACCAUGUUUCUGGAGCUGGUGGGGUCAGAGAAAAGCCUUUCCAGGGAAGUGGCGUUCACCUUCCCUGCAGAUGUUGUGGAGGGCAGUCAGCGAGCACAAGUGACUGCAGUCGGUGACAUCCUUGGACCGUCCAUCACGGGCCUGGAGUCCCUCAUCCAGAUGCCUUCUGGUUGCGGGGAGCAGAACAUGAUCCACUUUGCUCCCAACAUAUAUGUCAUCCAGUAUCUGACCGCGUCUGGACAAGCUGACCACGAUACCUUGAUUAAAGCCACGUCUUACAUGAUGAAAGGAUAUGAACGUGAACUGUCCUACCAGAGAGAUGACGGUUCCUUCAGUGCUUUUGGGGAUAGUGACUACUCUGGAAGCACAUGGCUCUCUGCGUUCGUACUGAAGUGCUUCCUGCAGGCGAGGCCCUUCAUCUCCAUUGAUGGCAGAGUGCUGGUCAGUACCGCCGCCUGGUUGGGGGCCCAGCAGGGGAAGGAUGGGGCCUUCUUGGAGCCCGGCCGGGUCAUUCACACUGAGCUCCAGGGAGGCCUGGAUGGCCCUGUAUCUCUCACAGCCUACGUUCUCAUGGCUCUACUGGUGGAUGACGUCUACAAGAACAUGUAUGCGAACCAGGUUUCCGGGGCCCUGGUGUUUUUGGAGACCAGGCUUGCUCUAGGCAUCUCCAGUAACUACAGCCUGUGUCUGGCCACCUAUGCUCUGUCCCUGGCCAACAGAGAGAGUGCAGAACGAGCGCGGGCACAGCUGAUGGGACGAGCAGAGAUGAAGGACGGUGUUCCAUCCUGGAGUUCAUCAGGCAUAGGGCUUUCUGAGUCGUGGCAGCCGCGCUCCGCAGACAUCGAAAUGGCUGCCUACCUGCUGCUCUCCCUCCACAAGCUAUCAAGGCUGGAGGAGGGCUUCAGCCUCAUGAAGUGGCUCAGCCAGCAGAGGAACUACAUGGGAGGAUACAGCUCCACACAGGAUACAGUGAUAGCCCUGCAGGCCUUGUCGGAGUACGCAGUCUACAGUGGGUCUCAACUCAUCAAUCUCCACAUUACAGUCAACACAGCACCCUCAACCACAGUGGCCAGCUUCCACAUCAACUACACCAACUAUUUGCUAUACCAAAGCCGAGAGAUCGAGACAGGCAGAGAGGUACGCUUAAAGGUUUCUGCCAAGGGCCAAGGAUUCGCUCUGUUUCAGUUGAAUGUGUUUUACAAUUUAGAGAGCAGAGGGUUGUCACGGAAAUGGAGAGACGCUGUACAGGAGGCCUUUGAUUUGCACAUAGAGUUGUUUGACACGAACAUGUACUACGUCCAUCUUUACAUUUGCACAAGUCUGUUGGAGGGCCAAGGCAUUAAUCAGACUGGCAUGGCCAUUCUAGACGUGGGCCUUCUCAGUGGCUUCAUCUUGGCUCAGGAUGGCAUCGAGACCAACGAUGUGGUUCGGAGAGUGGAAACGCCUCCGGGAAAAGUCAUUCUCUACCUGGACUCUGUGACAACAGAGGAGAUGUGUGUGAAAGUCCCUCUAGUCAUGGACUUCAAGGUUGCCAACGUCCAGGAUGCAACGGUUCUCAUCUAUGAUUACUACGAGCCCCGGAGGAAGACGGUGAGGACAUACCAGUCCUCUUGGAGGAAUGACAUGGGCGCCUGCUCAUUCUGUGGGGAAGACUGCAGCCAGUGUAAAGGACAGAUGGCCUAUGUGUCUAACAGUGUAUCUGUCUCCCACCAUUGCCACCAUGUGGCCACUCUCGCCUGUUCUCUCCUUGUCCUCCUGGCCUGCAGCUUGUAAAAGAGAUCUGUAUAGACUUGUUAUACCAUUUGGUUGUUUAAUAAUAAGUGGAAACUGAUUUUACUGAAUAGGUUGGGGAAGUGUGAGGUAUUUUUUUUUUCUCAAUCAAGGUUUUAUUAAAUCUUGCUCUGCAGUAUAUUUUGUCUUAGGCAUCUCAAAGUCAUGCACUGGAAUGUUUGUAUAAUACUGUUUAGAACUUUUUAUUGGACUUUUAAGUUAAAUAUAAAUAGAGGUACCAGAGCGCAGUACAUUACAGGCAUAUUAUGCAUUUAUUUGAAUUCUUAUUGUCAUCACUUUUAAGGCAUUAAUGAAAAGUACAAUAUAGUAUUUCACAAUUAAUGUAAUGACUGACUGUCACAAUCUGAUAUGUCUUCAUAUGUUGGGUAUGAUCGUGUACAAUGUAAUAUAAAGUCUGUUAAAUAAAGAGAAAGACACCCUUCUCUGAGAGCCGACUGACUGACCUGAGAGGAGUU